AUGACGGAGGUCGAAGAAGUUCCCGCCGAAACCACCGGAGACUACAUGAUCAAACCCCAGAGUUUCACUCCCGCCAUCGACACAUCUCAGUGGCCCCUCCUCCUAAAGAACUACGACCUCCUCAACGUCCGUACCGGUCACUACACUCCCAUCUCCUCCGGCCACUCCCCUCUCAAGCGUCCUCUUUUGGACUACAUCCGUUACGGUGUCAUCAACCUCGACAAACCCUCCAACCCUUCUUCCCACGAGGUCGUUGCUUGGAUCAAACGCAUCCUCCGCGUCGACAAGACAGGACACAGUGGGACUCUUGACCCUAAAGUCACGGGAAACCUCAUUGUCUGUAUAGACAGAGCCACACGGCUUGUGAAGUCGCAGCAAGGUGCGGGUAAAGAGUACGUCUGUGUUGCUCGUCUUCACUCUGCUGUUCCUGAUGUGGCUAAGGUGGCGAGAGCUCUUGAGUCGCUCACUGGAGCUGUGUUUCAGAGGCCGCCUUUGAUCUCUGCUGUGAAGAGACAGCUGAGGAUUAGGACGGUUUAUCAGAGUAAGUUGCUUGAGUAUGACGCGGAUAGGCAUUUGGUUGUGUUUUGGGUUUCUUGUGAGGCGGGGACUUAUAUUAGGACCAUGUGUGUUCAUUUGGGUUUGCUUCUUGGUGUUGGUGGGCAUAUGCAAGAGCUUAGGAGAGUUAGGUCUGGGAUUUUGGGUGAGAAUGAUAACAUGGUUACUAUGCAUGAUGUUAUGGAUGCUCAAUGGAUGUACGAUAAUUACAAGGAUGAGAGUUAUCUUAGGAGGGUGAUUAUGCCUCUUGAGGUGAUUUUGACGAGCUACAAGAGGCUUGUUGUGAAGGAUUCUGCUGUUAACGCGAUUUGUUAUGGUGCUAAGUUGAUGAUUCCGGGGCUGUUGAGGUUUGAGAAUGAUAUUGAUGUUGGCACUGAGGUUGUUCUGAUGACGACUAAAGGUGAGGCGAUUGCUGUGGGGAUUGCGGAGAUGACUACGUCUGUGAUGGCUACGUGUGACCAUGGUGUGGUGGCUAAGAUCAAGCGUGUGGUGAUGGAUAGAGAUACUUACCCGAGGAAGUGGGGAUUGGGACCUAGAGCUUCGAUGAAGAAGAAGCUUAUUGCUGAUGGUAAGUUGGAUAAGCAUGGGAAGCCUAAUGAGAAAACGCCUGUAGAGUGGAGCAGGAACGUGGUGGUUUUACCAACUGGUGGAGAUGCUUUGAUUGCUGGUGCUGCGGCCGCUCCGGAGGGGAAGGUUGAGGCUGAGAGUGGAGAAGUGCGCAAGCGUAAGCAUGAUGAUAGCAGUGACAGCCCUGCCCCUGUGUCAACCAAGAAAGCUAAAACAAAAGAUGUGGAAGGAGGAGAGGUUGAAGAGAAGGUGAAGUCAAAGAAGAAGAAGGACAAGGCAGAGGGGAAAGAAGAGGAAGCUGUGUCUGAGAAAAAGGAAAAGAAGAAAAAGAAGGACAAGGAGGAGGAUAAAGAACAGUUGGCAACACCAAAGUCAGAGAAGAAGAAGAAAAAGAAGAGCAAGGAGACAGAUGAAGCUGCUGCGGUUAAUGGCGAAGAUGAAUCACCAGCAGAGAAGAGUGAGAAGAAGAAGAAAAAGAAGAGCAAGGAGACAGAUGAAGCUGCUGCUGAUGAAUCAGCAGAGAAGAGUGAGAAGAAGAAAAAGAAGGAGAAGAAGAAGAAAAGCAAAGACAGUGAUGACGAAUAA